AUGUCGACGAUGAGUAGAUCUCGGACGAGUCUCUCACCUGCGACCUCUGAGAGAUCGACGCUGCCUAUGGGCGCAUCUGCAGAACCUGAUAGCCCAGAAUUCAAACCUUUAGAGCCGACAAGGGAGGAACUGCUUACACAUUUCUUCGAGCGAUUUAAAUUUUACACAUCGCUCUGCCUUGGCACUUCAGCCAUACUCGCUGUCUUUGCAUUUCUAUUUUUAAUACCGUUUGUGGUUGAGCCAGCCAUACAAACUAUAUUGGCGGAGUUUGCUCCCGAAGCUGGCAUUUGUGCUGUGUCAGAACAUAUCUACGCUGAGACUCUUACUAAUUGUACAUGGGCAUCGUGUCGCGAAGGCUGCACUACUACUCAUACGAAAUGUCACAAAAUACGUGUUAACUUAGUGAGACGACCAUUUGAAGAAAACGCCCCUAUUCCUAAAGAAUGGGAUGCAACAGAUUUAAAGUUUCUCAUUAACCCUGAAGGAUGUGGCUAUCCACCGAGAGUUAAUUGUUCAGAAUUUGCGAGUGAUUACGCAGGAAAGAAAGCGCCAAAAAUCUUCCCAUGUUACUACAGUAUGACUCGACCAGAAUUGGUAGUUGCAAGGUACUCCUGGGAUGCAACUAUACGAGGAUUAAUAUUGGCGUUGGUGUUACCAACAACAGUCUUCGUCUUCAGUUUAAGUGUGCUCGCUUAUUGGCAUUGCCAUUGCUGCGAUAGGGCUUGUAAUAGGCGAGUGCAUGCCGAAUCCUUUGCGAGCAAGGAAGAUAGCAAACUUCUAUGUGAAUUAGACGAAGACCCAAGCGAUGACGUGUUCUGA